ACGGGGGCUGCAGCGAUGAACGCGCAGGACACGGAGCGCAUCGGUGCCUCACAGCGCAUUAUAUUAUGAAUAAAAAGCGAGCAGAGCAUGUAAAAAAAAAGCUCAUUCACUUCGUUAAAUGAGCACCACACGCACAGAAGGCUUGAUCAGAGUGGAUGCAAAGUUAUUAACAGCUUUUUGGAAAAAGAGAGCAGCCGCCAAAGAGGACGUGCGGCUACCGGUCAGCGUCUCCAGUGCUCUGCGUCAGGAGGACACGGCCGGCUCCUCACGCUCUGCCUCUGCAUGACUGUCACAAAGAUGUCAUGGCGUCCAACGUAUCGAAGCUCCAAGUUUCGAAAUGUGUACGGCAAGGUCGGCAACCGGGAGCACUGUUUUGACGGCAUUCCCAUCACCAAGAAUGUCCAUGACAACCACUUCUGUGCCGUCAACGCCAAGUUCCUCGCCAUCGUCACAGAGAGCGCGGGAGGGGGAUCCUUCCUGGUCAUCCCCGUCACCCAGUCGGGGCGGCUGGACCCCCACUACCCCAAGGUGUGCGGUCACCAAGGCAACGUGCUGGACAUCAAAUGGAACCCCUUCAUUGAAAACAUCGUCGCCUCCUGCUCCGAGGACUCCUCUGUGCGGAUCUGGGAGAUCCCGGAGGGGGGGCUGAAGCGGAACAUGACGGAGGCCGUGCUGGAGCUGUACGGACACAGCCGCAGGGUGGGGCUCAUCGAGUGGCACCCCACCACCAGCGGCAUCCUCUUCAGCGCCGGCUAUGACUAUAAGAUUCUGAUCUGGAACCUGGAGAUCGGCGAGCCCGUGAAGAUGAUCGACUGCCACACAGACGUCAUCCUCUGCAUGUCCUUCAACACAGAUGGCAGCCUAGUGGCCACCAGCUGCAAGGACAAGAAGCUGCGUGUGAUUGAGCCACGGUCUGGGCGGGUGCUGCAGGAGGCAAACUGCAAGAACCACAAGGUGAACAGAGUUGUGUUCCUGGGCAACGUGAAACGGCUCCUGACCACAGGCGUGUCCCGUUGGAACACGAGACAGGUGGCCCUGUGGGACCAGGAGGACCUGUCCAUGCCCAUCAUCGAGGAGGAGAUAGAUGGCCUUUCCGGACUUCUCUUUCCCUUCUAUGACCCUGACACACACAUGCUCUACCUGGCCGGCAAGGUUAGCCCCACCCAUCCCUCACUCAAAAAAAGCCUGACUUUCUAAUUAAAUGCUCAUUAAUUCUGAUUAAUCCCCUCUGGGCUCACAAAAAAAAAAUCUAAUUUCACAUAA